AUGGAUUCCACUCCUCUGUGUGAUAGAUAUCUGGCAGAGGGGUGGUAUAGAGCUAAAACUUCUGUGAUGUCUACGUCAGCACCAAGCCUCGGGUACUGUGGAACACUUUAUCCAUUUUGGAAACAAGAUCCAGUACCAGCAGACGGUGUAAUACAAACUAUGACAGCCUGUGAAGUGGGACUUUCCGAUAACUGUGAAAAGCAAUAUUCAAUUGAUGUCAAAAACUAUACUACAUUCCUAGUUUAUAAACUGAAAUCUCUGGAUGCUUGUAAUUCUGCCUACUGUUUUGAGCUUGACAGUGACUGUGUUAAUGUUUCUGUGGGAAACGUUCAGGUUUCUUAUCACAAUAUCUCAUGGAAGGAGGAAGACCACGAAACGAUACCAGGUUUAAAGCGAUACGACCCUUUUGUAAAUUUGAAGUGUUCAUUUACCCCUGCUGAUGAAGAGAUGUUCUACUAUAUAAACUGGUACGCUGACAACGAAACUAUUCUCACUGGUCAAAUUGUGGAUAAGGCAUCUGUAGAGAAUGCAAUCCUAUCAGCAGAACACCUGAACAGUGCUACCAUAAAGAUUGGAGUCUGGAUACACUGUGUUGUCGGAGCUAUAAAAACAGAAAACAAACAACCAUGUUCCUCAACAUCUAGUGGCUUAUUUUAUGCUGGAAUAGAGAUUUUAACUCACACUCUUACAAUUGAAAGACAGGGUAAAGCCACCGUAAUGCUUCGUCCGACUAUUCCAUUUGCUUCUCAAACAAUUCAAACUCCAGACGGUGUGCAGAGUACCUCAAAAUUAGUAAUAAGGAUGUCAUUUCCAGGAAACUCCGAGGCUAAAUGUAAAGCUAGAGGUGAUCUGGUUGAUUGCUCAAAGACAAUAGAUGCUUACACUUUUAAUGAAAAGGACAAAUAUGAAGAUUCUACAAACUGGAAAAAAGUAUACACCAUAGAUGUUUUUAAUUCUGACGAGGAGAAUUAUUAUUUAAAUGACCAUCGACUUGUCUUGCGACUGGAAACAAACAGUCCUGCAGGGAACGGUGCUAAGAUAUUUUCUGACAUUGUCUUCCCAGAUGUUCACGUCAACAUAAUAGAAUCAAAGAACGAAUGGAAAGGAAAGCGUUGCAGUUCUUAUGCUGAUCCACAUCAAACAACCUUUGACGGAUAUGCCUAUGAGUGCCAGGAUACAGGAUGUAUAACUGGAAAGACGUAUAUAUUUUAUAGAAAUGAAAACCAUCUGCAAGAAGUUCAGGUGCGUCAUGAGAAUUGCUGGGGUAGACCAAGAUGCGUGUGUGCUGUUGCAGCUCGAUCAGGACAGGAUGUUUUUACAAUAGAUGCAUGUUACAAGAGACAAUACAUCAAUUUUCCUAUCUGUAAUGACAACUCUUUAAAGGUUAUCAAGGAAACAGAUAAGAGUUAUAAGAUCAUAUUUCCAACGGGAACGAGUGCUAGGAUUUGGCUUUACAACUAUGGAAGUUCAUUCUGGUACAUAAACGUAGAAAUAUAUCCAACAAUCGCUGACGUAGGAAGUACUUCUGGGCUGUGUGGGAUGUUGGACAAUGACUACACUAAUGAUCUUAAGCGACGAAAUGGGGUCCAGGAUAAUGUUAACUCGUACAGCUAUUGGUCACCACCUGAUGAUUUCUCUAAUUCGUGGAGACUACCAGAUGGAAGCACGGAAGACAUCCUGUCCAAUAGAGAGAGUGUUUUCGACAACCUUGCUCCGCUUUCUACUUACUUCCACAAACUCUGUACAUGUGACAGAGGCAAUACGUAUUGUAGUUACAGACAGUACUCGGAAUGCAAGACAGGAAUUAGAGGAAAGGAAUACCACUGUGUUCUACACAGCAGUCCACGACGAAAAAGAGAUAUCUCCUUUCUUUCGAAAUAUACACGAAAUAUACAACAGUCUAAAAAUAUCCUACAAAGAGAAAAAAGACAAGUAAUUAGUGAAAAUGAAGCAAUUGAUAUCUGUCAAGAAGCCUUCCAAAAGUCUUCGCACUAUGACGCAUGUCUUCAAGUUGUUCCCAAUUUCAGCAAUGAGAGCUUGGUGAACUGCAUAAAUGAUUUAUCUAUGACUGGGAACGAGAAUCUGACCACGUUACAUGUGGACACAGCUCUUGGACAAUGUCAGGCUUAUAUCUUGUUAAACUCAACGCUGGAGAAAGAGCAACCUGAGGUGACCAUAAAUAUUGUAAAUUUAUGCCAGAACAAUUGCAGCAAUAGAGGCAUUUGUUCAAGAGGAAACUGUACCUGUGAUUAUGGUUUUGGCGGCAGUGACUGUUCGUUUGAUACCUUGUCACCACCAACAAUAACUAGAAUUUCUGACGACGGUUUAUGCGAUAAAUCAGAGGAAUCCUGUGAGGAUAUCACGUUGUACGGCCAAUAUUUUCUUGAAAACAUGAGGACCACUUGUUACAUGAGCAGACGAGAGCUGUCCGAAACAAAUACUGUUUCAGCUCAGGAGAAGUACACUGUUAACCUUGAGGAAAGAACUUUGUAUGAGGGAUAUUGUAAGCUUGAGUAUGCAACUACACCUUCUUGGGUCACAUUUUUUACAUUCAACAUAUCAAAUGAUGGAAAUCAAUUCUCCAAUUCGUUUGAGGUUUAUGUUUAUCAGUCCAAGUGUCAGAUAUUCAACAACGAUACUGGAAGUGUCAACUUCACUUUGCAGGAUGGAUAUUGUUUCAUCAAUGGAAGCUGUAUUCAGAGAGGAGAAUUCCAAAGCAAUGAUUCAUGUUUACAAUGUGACCCAUCAGAAGACAAAUUUGGUUGGACAUUGGAUUGCGAACGAAAUGUUUCAACAUCAACAGCAAUAGUCAGAACAUCUGCAACAACAAUUUCUUCAACAGAACAAACAAUUUUUACAUCAACUUUUAGCAUUUCGUCCACAUCAACAGCUAAACAGACCACAGAUUCGAAUACGAUCAUGACUUCUACAUCGACGAUACAACCAAUCCCUUUAACUACGCCAAUCCAACAUGGAACAUCUCAGUCUUUCGUAACAUUAUCUUCCGAAAACACCAUGGGUUCCAUAAUGACAACCGAGAGAGAUCGUAACACAACAAACGAAGUACAGACAUCAUCAACGGCAACAUCAACCACUAGAGAAACGAAAUCGUCCACUUCAGUGACAAAUCCCACAACAUCCCCUUCUACAGUAACAGAUCCCACAACAUCCCCUUCUACAGUGACAAAUCCCACAACAUCCCCUUCUACAGUGACAAAUCCCACAACAUCCCCUUCUACAGUGACAAAUCCCACAACAUCCCCUUCUAUAGUGACAAAUCCCACAACAUCCCCUUCUACAUCACCAACAACACCUGCAGCCAUUACUACUGACAAUUUCAACCAUUGUAUUGAUAGCAGCAGUUGGAAUCGUUGCAAUAAAAUAAUAGCCAUCGCAGGAUAUAUGGUGAAAUCCAAAUGUCAGAAAAAUACAAGGGGAGAUGGCCAUGUGUCAACGUCUAAUCUCCAAACUGAUGAUGAGGUUAACAUCUACCCAGACAACAAGGGUGUGGCAUCACGAAUGAACUUCCAAUCCGAUAACCUAUUUCAGUUUGAAUCCAAGGAAGAAAUGUAUUCCAGGCCACCUUCUGCUACUUCCAUGAGAAGGGAUCCACCUACUAAUAAUCUGAGUAGUAUAUACAACCAGCAGCACCUCGAUAAACUAUUCAGUGUCAAUCAAUAAAGU